AUGUCUGUUUUGAAAUUGGAACAUUUAGCAAAUGAAAUACUCUACACAAUUUUUGAUUAUCUCGAUGGUUUUCAUCACAUAUUUGCAUUUCGUGGACUUAACUCUCGUUUCAAUUCUCUUAUAAAUCAUAUUCAUCUUCAUAUCAAUACAACACAUUGUCGAAAAGCUGAUUUUAAUUAUCUCUUCGAUGAUAUUUUUCCAUUUACUACCAAUAUCUUUUCUUUAACAAUAUCAAACAAACAUACUCUCGGUCCAAUUGAAAUAUUUCUCAAUCGACAUCUUGAUUUAAUUCCACAUAAUCAACUUAAUCAUCUAAAACUUAUAGACAUCGAUCCACAAGUAUUGAAUACAUUUCUAAAAACUAUACUUCCAAAACUUACGCGUCUUGUUUCAUUAAAUAUUACGAAUUCGAUAACAAAAUUUCGUUAUGAUUUACCACUAGAAACUAUAAAUGUUUCAUUACCAGCAUUUAAAUAUCUUUCAUUAUCAAUUGAACAAACUUCAUAUUAUCCACAUGUUCCAUUUUUCAAUGAACAUAUGCUUAUGCAUCGAAUGGAAUCAAUAUUAUCGACUGUUACGCAUUUAUCGCUCGAAUAUUCUCCACGAGAUAUUGUUGGAUUAACUCUUUUAUUUGAGAAAUUAAACAAAAUUGAAUAUCUUCAAAUUACACUUGAUAUCGAUGAUGAAGUUGCUCGUGCGAUUGGAAAUCCUUUCAUAUCUAAUUCUCCAUUGAUUAGAGAUCAUGGACAGCAUCUACGAUCAUUUAUUAUUCAAAUUGGGUAUCAUAUAUUAUUUGUAGAAAUUGCAGCAUUAUUAACUCAUUUUCCACAAUUACAAAUAUUAUCAUUAGCAACACAAGAAUUUACACAUGAUAUUCAAUUUUAUGAUGGUCAAGCAUGGGAAAAAUUAAUACAAACAUCGCUACCUCGUUUAACUUCGCUUCGCUUAUAUAUUUUUCUAGAUUAUCUUUCUUCUAAUCCUAUUCUACAUGAUAUUAUCAAUCGAUUUCGUACUCCAUUCUGGUUAAAUGAGAAAAAAUGGUAUAUUGUAGGUGAUCAAUUUUCUAAUCGUUCCUUACAAAUCUAUACUAUACCUUGUCCGAAAAAAAGUAUUGUUAUUCUUAAUAAUACAUCAAUAGCAUGGGAUACUACUCUACCUUCAAUCAAUCUAUCGACAUUUCAUUGUAUUACUUGUCUUAAAAUAUAUAUCACUAAAGUUGAAUCGAAUCCGAUACUAUUACCUUAUUUUAAUAAUGUUAAAUCAGUUAAACUUUUAACAUUACCAAGUAAAGAUCAUUAUUUAUCACAAUAUAUAAACGUAUCGAAACUUGAAACGGUUACUAUUGAAUGCUAA